AUGCCAUGUUCAACUAAAUGUGGCAGCUGCAGAUGUGGAAGCAUAGACAAUGCACAUGGAAUGUUUGACAAAAUGCCACGUGAAAUGCAGAUGAGGAUAAGGAUUGUUGGACUAGAAAUUAUAGAUGGUGGUUGCCAGCGUUCCCAACUGUCAAAUGCCACUAACAUAAAAAGCCUAUUCAAUAGUGAUUGUCAUGAAAAUAUGAAGAUCUCUCACCUUCGUAUUGAUGGAGUGGGCGGAGCUCCGGUGGCGCACCGGUGGCGGCCAGGUGGCAGGGCGGUGACCGGGUGGCGGCCCGGUGGCCGAGCAGUGGCCGAUCAAAAAAAAACCAGGGAGCCGGAGUGGCGGCCAGGAACUGAGCGGCGAGCUGGGGCCGCAGGCAGGUGGGGGCCGCAGGCGGCAGCGGAAGGCGGCGGGCGCAAGGAGAGGCGGCGGCCGGGGAGACGAGCUGUGGGCGGCGGCCGAGAACUGAGCGGUGAGCUGGGGGCCGCAGGCGGGGGGCGCAGGGAGAGGCAGCGGCUGGGGAGAGGAGUUGCGAGCGGCGGCCGACGGGGAGAAGCGACGGCCGGCGAGCGGAGCGGCGGCCGGCGAGGAGAAGCGACGGCCGGUGGGGACGGAAGCCAGGGACCUGCAACGACCGGCGAGGAGAAGCGGCCGGCGGGGCCGGAGACCGGGCCGGCGGUGGCCAGAGACCAGAAAAAAACACUGGAAAGGGCCGCCAGUGGGGGCUGCAGAGGCCGGAUUGACAGGUCUGACAGGCCUGUCAGUCCGAUACCCUGCGGUUGA